GAGUAAUUACGUUGCAGUUUCUCACGUCUCUCUCGCUACUAGUCUUUAAAACACAAACUUUCUUUACCAAUUGACUCGCUUUGUCUCUCUCUCUGAAUCUCUCAGUCGCCACCAUUAUGAUGAACUUGAACGACCAGGAUCCAAUGGUCAUGCCCGAAGCAACCAAGUCUCCUUCUCGAACCUACGCCAUGAGCAGCAAGAUCAUGAUAAGCGCCAUUGCAAUCCUCUUCUUCGUCGUCGUUCUAAUGGUCUUCCUCCAUCUAUACGCUCGCUGGUAUCUCCUCCGCGCUCGCAGACGCCACCUCCGCCGCCGUAACCGCCGCGCUACAAUGGUGUUCUUCACCGCCGACGAACCUUCCACCGUAACCGCCACGCGUGGUCUCGACCCCACCGUCAUAAAAUCUCUCCCCGUUUUCGCUUUCUCCCACGCGACGCACAAGGAGCCGAUCGAGUGCGCCGUCUGUCUCUCCGAGUUCGAAGAGACAGAGUCGGGUCGGGUUCUGCCGAGCUGUAAACACACUUUUCAUGUCGACUGCAUCGAUAUGUGGUUUCACUCUCAUUCCACCUGUCCUCUCUGCCGCUCUCUCGUCGAGCCUCACGCCGUUAGUGAAACACCAAUGGCGGCGGCGGAGGAGGAGGAGCAAGUGGUUAUCACGAUUUCUCCUGAACCGGUUUCUGAAACCGAACCGGGUUCGAGCUCUGGAUUGAGGGAUGAACCCCGAGAUUCGGGGAGAAAACCUUCGGCGAUUGAGGUGCCGAGGAGGAACUUGAGCGAGUUUGAACACGCUUCGACUCAAAACUCGCCGUUUAGGUCGCCGAUGAGCCGGAUGUUAUCUUUCACUCGGAUGUUGAGCAGAGAUCGGAGAAACGCUUCUUCGCCGAUUGCCGGAGCUUCGCCUCUAUCGCCGUCGUCGAGAUGCCAUAUCCCGAUGACCGAGCCAGAUAUCGAGCGUGGAGGAGAACAGACUAUGUGACUCUGCCACGUGGAUGUUCUUUAUAACUACAAUUUUAUUACAGAAUUGAUCAAGUCAACAAGCCUUUGUCGAAGGUUGAUUUUAGAUACUCGUGGCAUAAUCUGACCAGGCAACGAGUCAAUAAAGUAACAUGUGUUGCUAAUAGAUUAGAUAGAUAGAUAUGUCUGAAGAUGUACAUACGUAAGUCAGUCGUCGAUGUUGAAUUUUAUUUCACAUUUAUUUUUCUUUAUUCCUCUU